CCGCAUGAGCUCCCGCCCCCCGGGCGCGGCCUCGGGCCCCAGCGGCGCGCCCAUGGCCGAGCUCAAGUCGCUGUCGGAAGAUGCGUACCUGGCGCUGAGCCAGGGCUACGCGGCGGCGGCGGCGAGUCUUGCCUACGGGGCAGUGCGGGGGCCCGAGGCGGCCCGCGGCUACUGCGCGCAGGACCCAGGCGGCGACCUCCCCGUGACGCCCGCACCCUGCGCCCCGGCGGCGGCGGCCGAGAGCAGCGGCGAGCAGAGUGGCGACGAGGAGGACGCGUUCGAGCAGCGGCGGCAGGGGCGUGGGCCGGGGGCUGCGGACGGGCGGCGGCGGCCCCGGGAGCAGCGUUCGCUCCGGCUGAGCGUCAACGCCCGCGAGCGGCGGCGCAUGCACGACCUGAACGACGCGCUGGACGGGCUCCGCGCGGUCAUUCCCUACGCGCAUAGCCCGUCGGUGCGCAAGCUCUCCAAGAUCGCCACGCUGCUGCUGGCCAAGAACUACAUCCUCAUGCAGGCGCAGGCCCUGGACGAGAUGCGGCGCCUCGUGGCCUACCUCAACCAGGGCCAGGGCCUGGCCGCGCCCGUGGCCGCCGCGCCCUUGACGCCCUUCGGCCAGGCCGCGGUGUACCCCUUCUCAGCGGGCGCCGCGCUGGGGCCCUGUCCUGACAAGUGCGCCGCCUUCUCCGGGACGCCCUCGGCGCUUUGCAAACACUGUAAUGAGAAGCCGUGACGGCCGGGCCAGCCCCUCCUCUCCGCUCCCGUCCUCCUUUUCACGUUGUCCUUGAUGACUGUCACCCUGU